CUCCAUUGUUCCCCGUUCACGCCCACUAUCACCGCCCGAGGGCCUGCGAGCCCCUGUUCCGUCUAUUCGAGUUACUGGAAUUGGCUUAACGGCUUUCUAUCGCUGGUGAAGUCAUCAUCUCUCGCUUCUGACCCACGAAAACACAACACCCAAUUUUAAUCUCGCUCUCCGCUCCCAACAACCCACUGCGUUGGCUCCAUUACCUCAUAUUCUCCUACGUAUUUUGUUGCCGCUCAAUCCAGAGUCAAUAAUUGUGCCUGAACAUGGCAGAUCCGGCAAACACACCAUCCUCGCCCUCAAACCCCCGAGGCUCCCGCUCCGCACGUGGAGGAAAUUCUCAAGCUAGAAGCAAGAAUGACAACCAACAUCAAGAUGAAUCGCAGGGACACGGCUCCGGUGCGAGAGGAUCCAAAAACUCAAGAGGUGGCAAAGGAAGAGGUAAAUCUCGCGGAGGAAGCAACUCCACCUCUGCAGCAUCUCUGGCCGCUCAAGCCCCCGCAGUCAACAGCACCGGGAGACCACCUGGAGGCGGCUUCGGUGCUCGCCUGACCGAAGCUGCCUCGAAACAAAAAGGCGACUCUAAAGAUACAAUUCCCAAAGAACAAGAGACAUCAUCUGCUGUCGACGACGAAGCCGAAAUUUGCUUCAUCUGCGCCAGUCCCAUUGAACAUGUCGCAAUCGCACCUUGCAAUCAUCAGACCUGUCACAUAUGCUCCCUUCGCUUAAGGGCUCUUUACAAGACAAGAGCAUGUGCACACUGCAGAACUGAAUCACCCUUUGUCAUCUUCACUGACAACGCGGACAAGCGCUUCGAAGACUUUACCCCUUCCGAUUUUGUCAAAGUCGACGAUAACCUAGGUAUCAAGUACGAAAAGGAUGUCAUCCUAGAGGACACAAUACUACUGCUCCGGUAUAAUUGCCCGGAUCGAGAAUGCGAAGUCGCCUGCCUCGGCUGGCCGGAUCUUCAUCGACAUGUCAAGACCAAGCAUGGCAAAAUCAUGUGUGAUCACUGCACGAGACACAAAAAGGUCUUUACGCACGAACAUGAAUUGUUCACGUUUGGUGACCUACGGAAACACGAGAGAUUUGGCGACGACAACCCUGGCGCAAUCGACCAGUCUGGGUUCAAGGGCCAUCCCGAAUGUGGCUUCUGUAGGCAACGCUUCUACGGGGACGAUGAACUCUACACUCAUUGUCGGGAAAGACAUGAGAGGUGUCACAUCUGCGACCGAAGGAACGGUGGUAGAAAUCCUCAAUAUUAUCUCGACUAUGCCGCACUAGAGAAGCACUUUGCCAAGGCUCAUCACGUCUGUCUAGAUGCAGAGUGCCAGGCAAACAAAACAAACGUCUUUGAGUCGGAGAUGGAUCUGAAAGCUCAUCAACUCUCAGAGCAUCCCAAUGGCCUGUCCAAGGAUGCUCGCAGGGAUGCCCGGCUUGUUAAUCUCUCUGGAUUCGAUCUCCGCACCCCGUACCAACCAGAACGAAGGGGUGGUCGACAAGAGCGAAAUGAUCGUGGUAUUGGUCGAGGAAGAGACCCCAAUGCCGACCCACUACCGGUUUCGAGCGCUCAACCUCUAAGCAGAGCCGAAUUGGCAUACCAGAGGCAGCUGGCAAUUCAGAGUUCCCAGUCAGUAUCGAGCAGAAGUUUUGGGGGUCAGCUCACACAAGCUGCACCUGUGUCACGACCUCAAACAAGUACUGGACCACCGAGAAGCGACCUGCCCCCUAUGGAGAAUCUGUCCCUCAACCAAGCAGCCCAACCGCCACCAAACAUGACCCCUCAAGAACAAGCCCGAAACUUGCGGCACCAGGCCGUGAUAUCGCGAGCAGCGUCACUGCUCAAGAACGACCAAACGAAACUCUCCCAGUUCCGGACACAUAUUUCAGCAUACCGCAGUGGGACCAGCUCGGCGACGGAUUUGAUUGAUGCCAUUUUUGAUUUGUUUGACAGCCCUAGCUCAGAAAUUGGAAAAUUGGUGCGGGAGCUUGCCGACUUGUACGAAGAUGAGACCAAGCAACAGUCGCUCCUGUCUGCUUGGAACAAUUGGCGGAGCAUCAACGAAGAUUACCCCAGCCUACCCGGACCAAGUGGCACACUACCUGGGGUCACUGGAUCUGGGUCAGGAGGGCGAAGAGUGUUGACGCUGAAGAAAAGCACAGUUCAAUCGUCUCGGUCCGCAGUCUCCCGACAAGGCUCUUGGGGCAAUAGUAUCACCAAUGGCACCAGCAGCGAACCGUUUCCAGCUCUUGGUCCUAGCAAGGGAAACAGCCGCAAGACCGCUGUACAAUUGGCUUGGGGCCAAGCUUCUGCUCCAACAGGCACAUCGACAAACCCCAGUGCAUCUCAAGCGAGCUCUAUCCAAUCAUCUCGUUCUACAGCAAGGAAAGCUCCGCCGUUGCGACAGACGGAGGAGAACUUUCCAUCGUUGCCUGUUGCCGCCAAACCCAACACCAUGAUGGCUGGCUUCAAUACUCGUGGAUCGGUUCGAUGGCUUGACUCAAGCCGAAAUUCACCUUCUGGGUCGGGGACCAACACUCCCGCAUGGGGAAAUGGUGGUAUGGCUCCGACUCCUGCUCAAGCCGCUGCGGCGAUGGCGUUCUCUGCCACCCCGAGUAACGAGACGGGCGAAGGCGAACUAGGGUCGUCCAAGAAGAAAGGAAAGAAAGGCAAAGGCAAAGGAGAGACGUUGUUUCAUUUUGGUUGAGGGGUGUUACGACACAUUGCAGGCGUUCAGCUCAUGUCUUUGAUUCAAUGGCACGAGAAAUGAGUGAUGACUUUAGCGACAUUCCAAAGCAUAGUGGCGCUUGGGAAAUAGAUGCAGUGCCUGAAUACAUUGUAGCCAAAACUAGUACUUCAC